AUGGGCAGUAUGAGUAGCUCUAACAUUAGUGACUCCACUUUCAUCCUGGUUGGAAUUCCGGGACUGGAAGGUCUACAUGGGUGGAUUUCAUUGCCCAUUUGUUCCAUAUAUGUGAUCACCGUCUUGGCGAAUGUUUGUGUCCUGCUCAUCAUAAAGACAGAGAAAAGUCUCCACCAGCCCAUGUACCUCUUUCUUUCAAUGUUAUUGUUCACAGACCUUGUCUCGUGCAAUGCUGUCCUACCUAAGAUGCUGCUUAUUUUCUGGUUCAAUCAUCAGGAGAUCUCUUUUGAUGGCUGCUUGGUCCAGAUGUUCUUUGUAACUUUUUUUUCCAUCAUGGGUUCUUCUAUGCUCUUGGUCAUGGCUUAUGACCGUUAUGUGGCGAUAUGCCACCCACUUAGAUAUUCAACCAUCUUCACAAGUCCAUUCAUCAUGAAAAUUGGAUUGUUGGUGGCCUUGAGGGGAUUACUUUUGGUGUUCCCCAUCCCGUUUCUUGUGAAGAGGCUGCCAUUUUGUCAGAGUCACAUCAUUGAAAACAUAUAUUGUGACCACAUGACUGUGGCAAAGCUUUCCUGUGCAGACAUUAGAUUUAAUGUUGUGUAUGGGUUGGCAGUAGUUGUGAUGGUAGUGGGAGUAGAUUUUGUUUCCGUCUCAGUGUCCUACUACAUCAUUGUGAGGACUGUUAUGAGACUUCCAUUCCGAGAGGCCAGACACAAAGUAUGGAGCACCUGUGUUAGUCACAUCUGUGUCAUCCUAGUGGCCUACAUCUCAGCUUUCUUCUCUUCUGUAUAUCAGAGGUUUGGGGAACACACAACUACUUCAACCCAAAUCAUUCUCUCUAACUUGUACCUGAUCCUUCCAGCCAUGUUAAAUCCAAUAAUAUAUGGCAUAAAGACAAAAGGUAUUCAGAGAUAUGUGAUUAGACUUUUGUAUCCUCAAAGAACAAAUAAACAGAAUAUUUGA